UUUUUUCCACUUCCCACACCACGGCAGUCCGUCUACACACUGUUAUACACCGUCUUGUGAAUCUUGAUAUUACAUUAUAAUAAUAACACGAAAUUCCGAUUUACAUAAUAUUAUUAUCAUUAUCGUUAAUUACUACUGUAGAUAAUAAUAAUAUAGCGUUCGAUUGUAACAGUACGCGUUCAUUCAUAACGAUAGUGUAAUUAUGCGCGUUUUAAUAUAUUAUUAAAUAAAUCACAUAAUAUCAAUAUUGUAAUCUCUAAAAUAACACCAAUAAUCUGUCCACCGCGGACGGUUGUUAUUUAUACAAUACCGAACACAAAGAGUCGCGUGUGAAUACGCUUGACCGAGUAAUUAUUAUUGCAGCCGUCUUAAUCUUUUUCCAAGAUAAAAAUUCCAUUCUCGCUAGUGUUUUAGUAUUAUUGUAAUAGUCGUGGUCGCGGUCGUUGUACGUUUUUCUUUGUCAUCGUUCGUGCGGCUACGGCAACUUUUCAAGAAACGAUGGCCAAAAGAUUGUGCUUCGACAGACGGUCAUAGUGGUACCGUGUAGUUGUCUCGUUACGGUUACGACACAAUGUUCUCCGCCGACAGGAAGCAAGUCAAAUGGAAAUUUCUACUGUGUGUUUGGCUGAUCGUCUUGUGCGGCACCGUACGAGGUAGUGUCAAAUUCAUUAUAGAACCCAAAGAUAUUGUGACAACUGCCGGUGAAACUGUUCGGUUAGACUGUGAAGCAAAAUUUGAUAGUGUAGCAACUUUGCCAAAAAUAAGAUGGAGGAUUCCCAAUCUACCAAACUUGGACUUCAUUGGAGACACAAAAAGAACUUUGCUGAACAAUGGGUCAUUACUUAUAAAAAACGUAUUCAACGAUGAAACAAAUACGUCUGACGGUCUAGAAGCAUAUCAAUGUGUUGCAUUCGUCGAUAAUAUUGGUUCGGCCGUGAGUCGUAUUGCAACUAUUACACUUGCACGUUUAUCACCGUUUGAAAAACAGCCAACAAAUUUGAGACUUUUUCCGGGACAAACUGCUCACUUUUCGUGUGUGAUCAACUCUCAACCGCCGCCGAAAAUAGUUUGGCUUAAAGAUCAUUCAGCGUUAAUAAUAGAUGCUUCUCGUAUGACAAUUUUUCCAUCGGGAGCAUUAGAAAUUGUUGAUGUACUCAAAGGCGAUGCAGGUGCAUAUCGCUGUAACGUUACUGGAUUGGAUAGGCACAGGCUGAGUGAUCCCGGUGUUUUGACAAUCGACGAGAAUGAAGAACUUAUCAAGAGGCCUAAGGCUCCAGAAUUUAUCGCCAAACCACAUUCGACCAUUGCUUUAGAAGGGUCGGUAGCUACGUUGGAUUGUGCAGCUAUAGGAAAUCCUCGACCCCAAAUUUCGUGGUUGAAAGAUGGUGCUUUGAUCGAUGUGGCGUUUUUAGAUAGUCGUUUUAGCAUUAUCGGCACAGGAGGUCUUCAAAUUACACAAGUCAACAAGAAAGACGACGGAAACUAUGUUUGUCGAGCAGAAAAUGCUGAAGAUUCUGCCGACGCUCUUGCUACACUCGAAGUUCAAGUCAAACCACAGUUUAUUAAGAAACCCAAAGACACCAUGGUAGUCGAAAAAGAAGAUAUAAUAUUAGAUUGCGAAGUCGAAGGAAAACCGACUCCACGAAUUACAUGGUUGAAAAAUGGUGAUCGAAUUAAACCAGACGAGUAUCUACAAUUUGUUAAAGGUACAAAUUUAAAAAUAUUGGGUUUGAUGACAAUGGAUUCCGGAAUGUUCCAAUGUUUGGCGUCGAAUCCAGCUGGCAAUAUUCAAUCAUCGGCGUUUUUAAAUGUUUUUCAUGCAGGCUCUUUACCUAGUGCAAAUUCAUCUGUUAAUUUUAAUAAUGACACCGUCGACUCGUUAUCUGUAGCCGAAAAAUCCAAAGAUUCCAAGUUCAAUUUACCGUCUGCCCCAAGGUCUUUGCAAGCUUUAGUAGUAUCCUCUCGGCUAGUCACACUGUCGUGGAUUAAUCCUCUAAAAUCAAACAGUGACGAUAUACUUACCUAUACGGUUUUCUAUCAGCAAGAAGGAUCGGACAGAGAGCGUAUGACUAACACUACUCAAACAAAUAUCACAAUAACGGAUUUGCUCCCUGAGAAGCAGUACUUGUUCAAAAUAAUGGCAGUAAAUGAGUUUGGUAUCGGCGAAAGUUCUAUAACUCUGAAAGUGUUGACCAAGGCAGAAGUUAAUUUACCCGGACCUCCAUUAAACGUGACGGCUAUGCCCAUUUCCUCGUCUUCGAUUUUCGUCGCUUGGAACAAACCUGACCAAGGAAACGAAUCCAUUAAUGAGUAUAAAUUGUUCUAUGUCGAUACUUACACUAAUGAAGAAAAGUACAAAAUAACCAAACAUACCGAGCACGGGAUCACCGGCUUAAAUACUUUUACAAAGUAUAAAGUUUGGGUUGUAGCGUACAAUCAAAAUGGUCCAGGAGCCAACUCUCAAGAAGUAUCGGUGUUGACGACUCCGACAGCGCCAACUAAACCUCCUCAAGAAGUUUCCGUGGAACAAGUUUCUCCUACGGAGAUAUCCGUUAGAUGGGAACCACCACCGAAAUUCAGUCAAAACGGGGUAAUAACUGGCUAUAAAAUACGGUAUAGGAAAAGAGAUAAAAAGGCGUACGGCGAUACUAUAACGACAGCUGGAGAUAUUACUAGUUAUCAAAUUUCUGGUUUAGAAAAAAGCUCUGUGUAUCAAGUCCGGCUUUGGACUCUGAACACUGUAGGAAUAAGUCCACCCACAGAAUGGUUAACAGUCGAAAUGUACGAAAAUACUCUCAAAGAGAACACUGUUCCCGAUCCACCGACCAAUUUCAAAGUUCGAGCGUUUUCCAACUCGUUGCUGGCUACUUGGUCACCUCCCAAAGACAAGGCAAUAAUGGUCAGAGAAUACACUUUGGGGUGGGGUAAAGGUAUCCCGGACGUGUACACAGAGAAGUUGAGUCCGAAAUCACGGCAGUAUGAAAUCACUAAUCUAGAACCCGAUGCAGAGUAUGUUGUGAGCAUUGCCGCAUGCAACGACAUGGGUGUUAGUCCGUUGGCUUAUCAAGUCGCCACCACAAGAGACAGUAACAUGAACACGUUGGAAACGAACAAACCAUUGAUUCCGCCAAUAGGAUUAAAAACUAACAUUAUCUCUUCGAACGCUAUCGAAGUGUCGUGGACUGACAAUACUCUACUAGAUUUAGAUAUAAAUGAAGAUGAAAAACGUUUAUAUGUUGUACGUUAUAACGUUUACGCCCCAAGCAACGUACGGUAUAAAACGGUCAACACAACUGAACUGUCUUGUAUCAUUAACGAUUUGAAACCGAACACACAGUACGAGUUUACAGUGAAAUUAAUUAAGGGUGAAUUGGAGAGUGAGUGGAGCAUGCUGGUAUCGAACUACACUAAAGAAGCCAAACCAGCAUCGCCUCCUAGAGACUUGACCGCUAUUAAAAUCGAUGAUAAACCUCAGUCGAUAACCUUAAAUUGGCAACCUCCGAAAUUCUCCAACGGACAAAUCAUUGCUUAUCUUUUACUGUAUUCCACUGAUGAAAGUAGCCCAGAUCACGAUUGGGUGUCUGAAACCGUCGAAGGAGAACUCAUGUCAUUCACCGUGAAUGGACUGACUCCUAGUACCAAUUAUUUUUUCAAAAUACAAGCUAAAAACUCUGUUGGAUACGGUCCAUUCAGUACAACUAUUAAUAUUAAAACAUUGUCUGCAUCUGGACCACUGAACAGUGAUGGAACAUCGCUAAAAGAUGGCAAAAGUGGAAUCAACAAUACUACUAUAUUGUAUAUCUUAAUAACUUGCUGUUUGUUGCUGAUAUCGUGUAUUGGCGUUGGAAUCGCUCUGUUGUGUUGUAAGCAAAACAAACCGCUUAGCAAUAGAAGUAAAAAGGGGUAUAUAAAAGGUUCAACGGGUAAAACUGUAAAAGCGGCUCAAUCGCCGAGCAUCAAGCCACCAGAUCUGUGGAUACACCACGAUCAGAUGGAACUGAAAUCGAUCGAAAAGUCUUCUCAAGGAUCGUUAGAUACAAGUUCAAAUUGCGGUCAAGGAAGCACCAACACUUAUGACGGAUCGGACACCCGUGUCACGAUACAUCACGUGCCGCAUUCGACCAAUUCAUUGGACAAGAGUAACUACGUAUCUUCUUACGUGGGCAAUUCGAUAAUGCAACCUUUAUUAUCAGAAGAAAGAGUGUCCACGCUAAAGCGUUCUAAACCCAAACCCGUUGUUUUGCCCGUUGAUGCUUUUGAUUCUGUUUAUAAAGACACUAUGACCACCUUACCUAGUCAAGAAACUCGCUCGCCAUUUCCUAGAUCUCAGUAUGCCACUACCAGAGCACACGUUACCGUAGACUUGACUGCAGGUGCUCCUGAAAAUAAUUAUAUUGUCCAAGCUACAACUGUUCCGGAAAAAUAUGAAUCCAUUCCUUUGACAUCUACAUCCAGUCUACAGCAGCACACAGGAUCGUUGAACACUAGCGAAAAAAGACAACAAGGCCAUCCUUUGAAAAGCUUCAGCGUACCUGCCCCGCCGCCCCAGUCAGCGCCGUCGACACCGCAGCAAAAACACAUUGUUACAGUAAGACCUCAAGGGUCGUCUAGUCCGUACAAAAAGCCAAUGACCUAUUCGACGGUGAACAACUCUCCGACCAAUACGUCGGCACUAGCCAGUGCUCCGAAAGUAUGGAAACCGCCAACUGCCAACGGUCAGUCCAAUCAGCGGAGUGACCUGGGUCCUGAAGUAGAAUCCCUUAGCAAAAUACAGACGUCGUACAGCACCGAAGAACUAAAUCAAGAAAUGGCCAAUCUGGAAGGAUUGAUGAAAGACUUGAACGCGAUCACCGCGUCCGAAUUUCAGUGUUAACGGAAUUCCACUUCGACUUAUUACGACCACAUUGUUAUGGUCGGAAAUCAAUUUUUUACAUUUUUUUUUUUGCAUUUAAACAUAAUACUUUUUGUAUUAUAAUAAUUUUGUACAGUAUUCGAUAGUGACUAUUGCAAAGACUGAUCUCUGAUGAAAAGAGUGAACUUUUGUAGGCCGCCAGCUCUGGUAUUUGAAAAUAUUAAUUUUUUUUAUAUAUUCCAUUAUAAUAUAUUUUUUUUUUUUAUAUUUGAUUUAAGCUUAAUCAUUAAAUUACGAGAAAAAUAUUCUUACGACAACAGUCCUUUUCUCAAGUACUGCGAGUUUGAGUCGAGUUAGUUAAGAUACGAUAUUUAUGACUUAUGGGUUUUGUUUCGCUAUUACUUUAAAUUAAUUUAGAAUGUUCCUUAAAUAUUGAGAUUUGACAUGUUAAAUGUAGACUUAUAUUUUUCUUUUUUUUUUUUAGUAUUAAUACUAUUUUUACUCUACGAGUUUUCUUAUAUUCCAUUCGCGUUAUGCAUUAUUAUAUUUCUAAAAUUACUUCACCGUCAAACGUGUAUUAUACAUUUUAGUGUUCUCCGAAAUAUAUUCAGUGCAAAAAGUGAUUUUGUGAUAAGUCAAAUUAAAAAAAAAAAAUUAAAAUCGUACAACUAAUCAAAGACUUUAUUAUGUAUUAAUCGUGUUAAGCCUUCGUUCCGUCUUUAUUGUUUAGUUAAGAUUUGUAUGUUAGUCGUAUGCGACAACUACACUUUUAUGUUUUUUAUUAACAAACUCGUUCAGAAAGUACAAAAAGACAAAAGUAUAAAAAUGAAAUUUGCCGCCUUUAAGAUAAUAAUAAUUAUUAUUUUAGUAUUAUAUAUAAUAUAUAUACUUAUGUAUAUAAAACUUUAAAAACAACAGACUUGUUUCUCGGUUAUUCGUAUGAGAAUUACAUUUUUGUAAGCGUAAAUUAUGAUAUUUUCUAUUUCUCGUCUGACACUUUUUUUAAUCGUUUGCACUACCGAAAGGAAAAGAUAUUUUAUCAUGUUUUGUUAAAAUUACUUAUUUUGUUUUUAUUUUUUUUAAAUCUGACUAUAAAAAUCAAAAAGUGUUAACUAGUCAACCAAUAGUAGAAGUGUAUUUGAUUUUCCUUUGUUCGAUUUAAGAAUAUUGUACAAGAUUUUUUUUUUUUUUUAAUUUUUAAAUCUCAUUCUUUUUCUUAUUUUUUUUUAAAUAACGGCUUAUAGUAUUCAAUCAAAGUGUAUGUAUAUGUAUUCCUUUAGUUUUUAGAUAUUACUGUACUGCCCUUUUUAUGUGUAACCAUUGCAAUAACGAAGUAAAUUAACAUCACUGACAUUUAGAUAUUAUGUAUUUAAUUAUAUUGUGUUUUAAAACGGUUAAGUAAAGAUUUGCUUCAUUAAUUGUUGUUGUUAAAAUGGUGGCACGACAAUAUUGUAAAGUAUUUUUUUGUAAAAAUUUGUAUUAUGUAAUCUAUAGUAUAGUUAAUUUGUUGUAAAAUAAUAACGACAGGAUCAAAACAAGUAAAACGACAGUACAUUAACAUUACGCAUAAGAUUUAUAUAUAUUUUUAUAAUUUACUCAUUACUUUAUUUUGUAUUUUUAUAUUUUUUAAUAAUAUUGCUUACGACUGAGACAUUAUAAUACUUUUACAUUGUUACCCAGAACAUUGCGGCUUACUCAUAUUAUAAUAUUGUGAACUCAUCUUUUUUUUACAAAACUAAUAUAUAAAAAUCUGUUAUGAUCUAGGCAUUAACCCUCCCCUCCUCCCCCGACCUCAAGUAAAUUAUUAUUGAUAAAACUGUUUAUUAUUUUUCAUUUUUUUUACUUUAAUUGCCUAUAGAUUUCAAUCACCCAAACAAACUAUGAACCGUAUAACGUUUAAUUAGUAGUUUCUCCAUUGCCAUUUGUAAUUUUGCUAACCACUAUUCUAACUUAUUAAACUAACUUACUUAUUCCAUAAUAUUAUAUUAGGUAUUAUUAUUAUAUCAUGACAUUUAUCGAUUUACUUACAUUCCGCCUUUACACCAAGUUAGUAUUAUAACAAUUACAAUUUUUUAAUCUUAAGUCUUAGUAUUAAUAGUACGUUAACUAAACUAAUCCUA